UCAAAGUCACUGUCAAACACGAGCGAGGGGUUGUUCUGCUCUCCCGCGGCUCCGUCAUUCAGGAAGUCUAGACCAACUGACUUCGCGAAGUCGCACCGACCUCUUCAAAGUCGGACUAAACACUUUCUGAAGUACGCAUGAUCUUUUUUCUCUCUUUUAACCUGGACGACUUUCACAAAAGGAACAGUGUUAUUCCAGUCAUGAGGGAAGCUGACAAAACUGCAGUUCUGGGUUUAUUCUGAGGAGAGUGGAAAAGAGAGGAAGACUGAGGAUAGGCUAACACAUUCUGUCACACGUUUCUUACUGGUCUAGCUGGCCAAUGCCGGGCCCGUCGUGGACAUCUGGUGGCGGUAGCAGCAGCGGCAGUGUGUAUGCGAUUGCGGUCACCGGCGCCUAGCCCAUGUCCAGCCCAUGAUGCCGUCAUCCACACGGAAAGGAGUGCCGAAGGAUCCCGAGCUGGCUGACCUCUUCUUCAAAGAUGACCCGGAGGAGGUCUUUUGUGACCUACAUGAAAUCGGGCAUGGCAGCUUUGGAGCUGUCUACUUUGCCCGUAACUCCUACUCCAAUGAAGUGGUGGCCAUCAAAAAGAUGUCCUAUAAUGGAAAACAGACCACUGAAAAGUGGCAGGACAUCAUUAAAGAAGUUAAGUUUUUGGGACAGCUGCGACACCCAAACACCAUUGAGUACAAAGGCUGCUACUUGAAAGACAACACUGCCUGGCUGGUGAUGGAGUAUUGCCUGGGCUCCGCAUCAGAUUUAUUAGAGGUUCAUAAGAAACCACUGCAAGAGAUGGAAAUUGCUGCCAUUACCCACGGUGCCUUGCUAGGACUGGCUUACCUACAUUCCCAUAAUAUGAUUCACAGAGAUGUGAAAGCUGGUAAUAUCCUGCUGACUGAGCUGGGUCAAGUCAAACUGGCUGACUUUGGCUCUGCCUCCAUUGCCUCACCUGCCAACUCCUUUGUUGGAACACCUUACUGGAUGGCCCCAGAAGUGAUUUUAGCCAUGGAUGAGGGCCAAUAUGAAGGUAAAGUGGACAUCUGGUCGCUGGGGAUCACCUGUAUUGAACUGGCGGAGCGUAAACCUCCCUUGUUCAACAUGAAUGCCAUGAGUGCCUUAUAUCACAUCGCACAGAACGACUCUCCCACGCUGCAGUCAAAUGAGUGGUCGGAUGCUUUCCGGAACUUUGUUGACUUCUGCCUACUGAAAAUUCCUCAGGACAGACCCUCGUCAGGGGAGCUGCUACGACAUGAGUUUGUGCGCCGGGAACGCUCGCCGCGCAUUCUCAUUGACCUCAUCCAGAGGACCAAGGAUGCAGUGCGGGAGCUGGACAACUUGCAGUACCGCAAGAUGAAGAAGAUUCUCUAUCAGGAGAAACACAACGGGCCCUUGGGAGAAAGCCAAGAAGAGGAGGAGCAGGACAGCGAGACACCAAGCUGCAAGAUGAACAGUCUGGGCAGCAACCACUCCAUCCCCAGCACCUCCGUCAGCACCGGUAGCCAGAGCAGCAGCGUCAACAGCAUCCAGGAGGUGCUGGAUGACGGCUGCUCCGACAUGACCAUGAUGCACCCCCAGGACUACAGCAGCACGCUGGAGUCCUCUGCACACACCAAAAAGGACCAUCAAUAUAACUGGGAUGAUGGGAUCCACAGAGAUCACCGGCCAGAGCCAAUGCAUGCCUCCUCUGACAAAAGCAGCCAGGCCUCCAACUAUAAACACAGAGCUGGCUUUGCCACCAUCAAGUCUGCUUCACUUGUGACCAAACAGAUCCACGAGCAUGAGCAGGAGAGUGAACUGCGGGAGCAGAUGUCGGGCUACAAGCGAAUGCGGAGGCAGCACCAGAAGCAGCUGAUCGCCCUGGAGAACAAGCUGAAGGCCGAGAUGGACGAGCACCGGCUCAAGCUGCAGAAAGAGGUGGAGACGCAGGCCAACAAUGCCUACAUCGAGCUGGAGAAGCUGGCCAAACGCCACGUAGUGCAAACUGAGAAGGAGAUGAAGACGGCACUCGCAGAUGAGAAGAAGUUCCAGCAGCAGAUCGUGGCGCAGCAGAAGAAAGAGCUGACCACUUUUCUGGAUAAUCAGAAGAAGCAGUACAAGCUCUGCAAGGAGAAGAUUAAGGAGGAGAUGAAUGAGGACCACAGUACACCCAAGAAGGAGAAGCAGGAGCGUCUGUCCAAGCACAAAGAGAACAUGCAACAUUCCCAGGCCGAAGAGGAGGCCCAUCUUCUGACAUCGCAGCGGGUUUUCUAUGAUAGGAACUGCCGCGCCUUCAAGCGCAAAGUCAUGAUUAAAAGGCACGACGUGGAGCAGGAACAGAUCCGUGAGGAGUUAAACAAGAAGAAGACUCAAAAGGAGAUGGAGCACGCCAUGCUGAUCCGCCACGAUGAGUCCACCCAGGAGCUGGAGCAGCGGCAGCUGAAGACGCUGCAGAAGCUGCGGAUGGACCUGAUCCGCCUGCAGCACCAGACGGAACUGGAGAACCAGAUUGAGUACAACAACAGACGGGAGCGAGAGCUCCACCGCAAACAUGUGUUGGAGCUCCGACAGCAGCCCAAGAACCUCAAAGUGUUGGAGCUUCAGAUCAAGAAGCAGUUCCAGGACACAUGUAAGGUCCAGACCAAGCAGUACAAGGCCCUGCGCCACCACCAGAUGGAGGUUACGCCCAAGGCGGAGCACAAGACGGUGCUCAAGGCCCUGAAGGAUGAGCAGACUCGCAAGUUGGCCAUCCUGGCAGAGCAGUACGAGCAGAGCAUCAACGAGAUGAUGGCCUCGCAGGCGCUGCGUCUGGACGAAGCCCAGGAAGCUGAGUGCCAGGCCCUGAGGCAGCAGCUGCAGCAGGAGAUGGAGCUGCUCAAUGCCUACCAGAGCAAGAUCAAGAUGCAGACCGAAGCGCAGCACGAGCGCGAGCAGCAGAAGCUCGAGCAGAAGGUGUCGCUGCGCCGGGCGCACUUGGAACAAAAGAUCGAAGAGGAGCUGGGUUCCCUUCAGAAGGAGCGAACUGACCGCAUUAAGCACCUGCUGGAUCGUCAGGAGCGGGAGAUCGACAGCUUCGACAUGGAGAGCAUGCGGCAGGGCUUUGGCAACCUCGGUACCUUAGACUUUCCCAAGGACGACUACAGAUGAGGGGGGUAAAGGUUGCUGUCGUGUGCCGCCCUCGACGUCCUUCUGCCUCAGAUCAUCCGUCCUCUCCUUUUACCUGACCUGGCCUGACAGUGCAGGGUUUUUUCUGCUGCUGACAUCCUCAUCAAAAACACACAGAGGAUUUUUGAUGGGGGGGGGGGGAAAAGCUCUAGAUUCUGUGAGCCAGUGUGUGUUUCAUGGCCGGUCAAACGGAGUCGACGGCAGGUUUUAGAUGCCCAAGUCCCACCAAAACUUCCUCCCCCUCCUUGCCUCUUGUGGUGUCACAAGAUGACAGAAAAAGAUAGAUAAAUUCUUGUAGUUGUCACGUUUUUGUAAUGAUAAUAACAUAGUCAGUGUUUCUUGUUCCUUGUGCAAUGAUGACACUUUUGGUGUGACCUAAAAGUGGAAGUCAAGAGAAGGAGGGAGAGAAAAAUGAGGGUAGUUCAAUGAGCAAAAUCGCUCCACAAACAUGCAUUUAUGCAAAAAUGAUUUUCUUCUCUAAAGCUGUGCAAAAUAAGGAAAAGAAAAAUCUCUUAAAUCGAUAAAUGAAACGACUGAUCCUUCCGCAGCGCGUCGUCUUUGCUGCUUCUUUGAACACUUUUUGGUAAUUAUUCAUCAGGACAUUUUUAGGACAAAUUUUGAGUAAUUUGAUACUUGGAGAGACGAUUAUCAUGGUGUACAAACAGGUGCACAGAACAUACAUGUUAUUCCUUCAGGUGAAUUUGAUUGCUGAAGGAAGGCUGGAUUAUGGUACUCACUGUGUGUAUCCUAGUGAUUUUACUGCACUGGCAGCCAAUGUGAAAUACAGAGAAAUACAUGUGACCUGUAUACUCCCAGCUAGUACAAAGGGCUUCAAUGGGAGGGCAGGGCUGUCUUGUAUCUUGUGUAUAGAUGGAUUUAUGGAAAGCUUUUACUUAUUUUCAUAUUGUAUUUUAACUGUCACACAAAUCCAAAAAGAAUUUUUUAAAAACGCUUUCUUCUUUUAUUUUUUCUUCUGCCCCGUCUUUUACAGAUAGUAUUUCAAGUCCCGUCAUUUAUUAAUGGAAGCUUUUUUUUUUUCUUUUCCUUUUUGCUUUACACAACUCUCAAGCUGUGUAUUUUUUUAUAAACCAGACCAGUAUGAUGCUUUAUUAAUGCAUGCACUUUAUGUUUUUUUUUCAGGUCUAAGGAGAGCAUGAAUCUGUCAGAGCUUUUAAUUAUAUUUGUAAAUAAAGUGCUCAUCACACAAAGUAAA